AUGUCAGGAGAUGGAGUCGAGAGCAUUUUCAGGCACCCGUUGGCUGUCACGUACCCGUCGCCGUUGCUUUUGUUGAACUAUCCUCUCAUCGUCAGCAAUGUGAAGAUGCUCAACGAGAAGGGAGUUCGACCAAAAUCCACUCUGGUUGGCACCAUUCGUAUGCUGCGUGACACGCACAGCGCAGAGGGCAUCAUCGGCCUCUACAAGGGCGGUCACCUCUACCUGCUGCACCAGGCUCUCCGCGACUUCCUGCGGCUGGUGGCGGAGAGGGGCCUUGGCGCCAUUGAGCGCAGGCUGAGCUGCGAGGCGCGCCCCAAGGCCCAGUACCUUGGCAGACUGGCGGUGAAGUACUGUAUCGACGGCUUGUGCUACCCUGUGCUGCUGGCCUCUUCCAGAAGCAUCGUGAAGAGCGACCAGGAGAACUCUUGGCAGUCGCUACAGAUGUGGAGCCGCGAGGAGGGUAUUUGGUCGCUCUUCGCAGGGCUGACGGCCUCUUUGGUGUCCACGGCAAUCGAAGAGGCCAUGGAGAUGCUGCUGACGUAUUGCAUGGAGCGGUACGCCCGCACUACGGUGGACGCCGCGGACAAACUCGUCCUCAAGGCCUGUGGCAGCUCUGUGGUCUCUGUCUUUACAUCCCCUGUGAAUUAUGUGGGCAUUAUCCAGAGGUGCCAGUCGCACCUGCCGACUCUGCCUGAGCGGCGGAGCUUCGCGGAGAUCAUCCACGGCUUGCCCUGGCGAGGAUCCUUCAACAGCCUGGUGCUCUAUGGAGGCAUCUUGACACUAAAUGUGAGGCUCAUCCAGUGGAAGAUGCAGCUCCAAGAGGUGACGGGACAGAAAGUAAACCGACGUGACGAGAGUGACUGCGCUGCUCUCAGGAUGUUCCGUGCGGCUCUUUGGGCCCUCUUGGGCGGCGCCGCCGCCCUUGAGCUCACCGAGACUUGCUGCAAAGAGCUUGAGUUGCCACGUUGCCGUGUUUGCCGUGGGAUAACUCAGGCGGAAACGGCCGGGAAGAGCGUCUUCGUCAAGCCGCUUGGCAAGUUGGCGUAUCUGAGCACGCUGCCCCGCCAUUGCAAGAAGCUGAAGCCUGAUUGGGACAAGCUGAUGGAUGAGUUCAAUGGCAGCCCUGGCUCUGUCGUGGCCGACGUGGACUGUACAACAGAAGGACAGUCCCUAUGCGAGAAGUUUGAGGUUCGGGGGUACCCCACCAUCAAGUACGGGGACCCCGGCGACUUGAAGGACUACCAGGGAGGCCGCGAUUUUGACUCGUUGAAGAAGUUUGCGGAGGAGAACUUGGGGCCGACUUGCGGCCCUGCCAAUUUGGAUCUUUGCAGCGCAGAAGUGAAGAAGAAAGUGGAGUCUUUCAUGGCCAUGUCGUUGGACCGGCUAGAGGGCAAGAUCCGCAACUCCAUUCGAAUCGUGGAGGAGGAGGUGCCCAUCAUGAAGAAGGUCGCGGCUCACUUGAAGAAAUCCAAAAGUGAGCUGUAAGCUCUAGGUACUCAGGUACUCAGCUACUCAGGUACUCAGGUGCUCGGGCACUCUCCAUGUUUCACGGGGUAAAGUAACAAGUCAGUUGCUUGCAAACACUCGGGUUCUUCCGCAACAGACAGUGCGGAAUUCUCUCUGUUCCAAAGCCCAGCCAGUGAAGCAAUCUGCUUAUGAGCAGCUUGCUGAGUGCUUGGGGUGGAGCAGAGAAACCACAGCCGAGCGCAAGAGUC